CUUCUCGAUUCUCGCUUUCAACAGAUGUCGAUCUAUCGAUAUCGAUGAUAUCUGAUAAAUAAUAAGCUUAUGUUAUCAUAGAAAUAAACAGUGCCUUGUUUUUGUAAACAAUUGGAGAAACUGGAGAAACAAUGGACAAUUGCAGCUUAAUAAGUAUCGAAGAAAAUAUGGAACAAAGUUCUAAAAAUGUAGAGGAUAAACUUUUCGACGAAAUUAUCGGACACAUAGAAGAUAUUUUGUUAGAAGACGAAUUUCACGCUAUUCAAAAAAAGUUUUUAGAUGAUUAUUGGGAUGUUUUUGAACCUGUAGAGGAAAAUAAAUUAAUUUAUACAAAUAUAUUUAAUGAAUAUAAUAAGGCAAUGGAAAAUUAUAUCGUUAAUUACUUACAGAAGCUUAUACCACAUUUUAAUAUCAACACAUUUCUAGAACAUUUAAAUAAUAAGCAAAAUGAAUUGGAAGGUGAAGUUUUUGAAGUGUUAUCAACUUUCACAGACUUUAUGUCCUUCAAAGAAAUGUUUCUUGACUUUAGAGCUGUAAAAGAAGGAAAGGUUCAAGAUCUUAGUUGUGGAAUAUCUGUUACCUCUCUCAAAAGUAAUACGAAUGACAAUGAUCCUUUUGGAUAAAAAAUUUUGUCAAAAAGACAUAUAUUUUAAAUAUAUUAAAGAAAUAAAUUACCCGUUCACUAAUUGUA